AUGGCGUCUUCUCCUCCCAAAGACCCUUUGAUCAUGAUCAUCGGGGCAACUGGCACCGGCAAGUCAAAGUUGGCUGUGGAGUUAGCCACUCGAUUCAACGGCGAAGUCAUCAAUUGUGACGCUAUGCAAAUGUACAAGGGGCUUCCGAUCAUCACCAACAAGAUCCCAGAGAAUGAACAGAAUGGGAUCCCCCACCACCUGCUCGACUUCAUCGGUCUCAAGGAGAAGCUCUGGACGGUGCAGCAGUUUGUUAAGGAGAGCUCGCGCGUUAUCGAUGAGAUUCGAGCCAGGGGCCGACUGCCAAUAGUGGUGGGCGGGACGAUUUACUAUACGUUUUCCUUGCUCUUCGAGGACGCCAUUCUUACUCCUCACCGCAGCGAGCACCAGUCAGAGCCUGAUGUAAAAGCCAGUGACGAAGAUUUUCCCAUCCUGUCGGCUUCUACCGAGGAGAUCUUUGCGAAACUCCAGGAAGUUGAUCCCGAGAUGGCGAAGAGGUGGCAUCCAAAUGACCGAAACAAGAUCCGACGGUCUCUCCAGAUAUAUCUCCAGAGUGGUAGAAAAGCUUCUGACAUCUACGCCGAACAGCGUCAAGCUUCGCUCUAUGAUGGCAAUGGAGUUACGAUUCACGGUGCCGAUGUGCAUGAUCGAAAAAUGAAUCUACGUUACCCAAGUUUGCUCUUGUGGUUGGAAGCCGAGGAUGCCGUGUUGAAGCAGAGACUCAAUGACCGAGUUGACACCAUGGUGGCAACCGGACUGUGCGGCGAGGUGUUGCAAAUGGCAGAGUUGGAAGAGGAGUUGAGGCAAGAGGCAAAGCCGCUCGACUUGGCCGGCGGUAUCUGGGGAUCGAUUGGCUAUAAAGAAAUGAAACUUUGGCUUGAAGCGCAUCAAGCGGUGGAUCGCGAUCCUGCCAAACUAACGGAAGCGGAGCAGGACGGUAUAGACGCGGUCAAGGCGAGCACCAGACGCUACGCUAAGCGUCAGAACCGGUUCGUUCGAAUUCGUCUGGCAAAAGCUCUCAAGGCUGCAGGAAGGCUGGAUCUGCUUUUCCUUCUCGACUGCACUGAUCUGAUCCGCUGGGAUAUCGCCGUGGCAGAACCAGCGCAAGCACUUGUGGACGCAUUCCUCAACGGAGACGAGCUGCCCAAACCGAGCUCGCUCUCGACCAUGGCGGAGAGAGUACUUUCACAGAUCGAGGAGGAUGAUGGCGUUGAUUCCCGCGAAGCCAGGACUUGCCCGGUGUGCCAAAAGACACUAAUGACUGGGAAAGAAUGGAGAGGUCAUCUUGCUAGUCGCAGCCACAAGAAACUGGCCGCCUGGCACCGCAACCGCGAGUCCGUGCCAUUCGGGCAAAUUGACGAGAGCCAGCAAGUACCCGUAUCGACUUCUCCAGGCUGA